AUGAUGAAUAUUGUUGAUGCAAUAAAUUGUUAUGGAUAUCGAACUUAUGCUGAAGAUGAAGUGGCGAAGAGAAGUAGGAUUAUCAAUUGCGAUCAGCAAUUUCGAAUAGCAUCACAUGCAUGUUUCAAAGCCGAAUAUAUUGAUAAUGGACGAGAAAUGAUUAUGGGUUAUUGUGGUGAUAUGUGUCCAGCGAUAUUUAAGGAUCGUGAAUGUAUUUAUCAGGAAGGAACAGAAAAUUAUUUAAUACUUCGAGAAUUCACUGGAAUGGCGAAUGCUAUUAGCGUUUGUUGUUGUAAUCAUGAUUUUUGCAAUCAUUCUAAACGAUUAACACCUUCAAUAAUUUUUUAUAUUAUCAUUAUUAUUAUACUGAUAAUGCCAAAAUAUCUUAAUUAA